AUGGAGGUUCGAUCCAUCGCCGCGGCAGUCCUCGCGUCGUCUCCGCUGCCGCCGCGCGGUGCCGUGUCCAGGCAAGGCGUGGAGAUAGCCCGACCGGCUGAGAUGCAGGCGCUCUUAGGCACGCGCGCCGCUGCUGCAUCGAGUGCUGCGCGCGCGGAGCGUUGCGCCUCUAGCGGGGCUGCUAGCAGCGCUGUUAGUGGGGCUUCUAGUAGGGCCAUCAGUAGCACCACUGCGGGCCAUCGGCGCGCUACGAACCGGACAGAGGGGGCGAGGGAGGCGAGGCCCGUCGUUUCGCGGAAGAAGCGGCGCGGCUUGCGGAGAGUGGCGCACCUCUCCGCCGGCGACGGCGCGCAGCCAAGCCCCGAGUCCGCGCGGGCGGUGUGCGCGGAAGUUCUGAUAGUGGGGCCGCUGCACUCCACGCGCGGGGACGAGGAGGGCGGGGACAGCGCUCAGGGGGUUGCGGGGGAAGCCAGUUGCGCGGGCGGUGGCGCGCAGCAAGAGGGGCUUGGCGCGCGUGGGGACGGACUCGCGGGGCAGGGGGGCGUGUGGACUGAGGCGGACGAGGCGGAGCUGAUUGCGCGGGCGGUGGGCGGGGCCGUGGGCGGGGCGGUGGUCAAUGCAGGGGGGGCGCUUAUUGCCGGUGUGACGUGCGCAGGCGCGGGGGACGCGGAGGGCGCGGAGGCGGCGUGGGAAAGGUUGGGGGCGGAAGGCAGCGCGGGAGUGAGUCUGGCGGGAGAAGCGGAGGCGGAGGGGGAAGGGGGGGAAUUUGAGAUGGCGCGGGGAAGGCUGGAGCUCGAGCGCGCGCAGUUAGAGCUGGCGAUGCGGGAGUCGCGCGGGGAGGCGGAGAGGAGAGAGGCGGAGCGCGGAGCGGCGGAGAGUGGGGAGGCGGAAGAGGGAGAGGCGGAAAGCGGGGGGCCGGAGGCAGUUGAUGGGGCGCUGGCGGCGGGGGAGGCAGAGCUGCGGGAGACCACGGGAUUGGGCGAGGGCGCACGAAAUGGCGAGGGCAGCGUUUGCACGUCAGACACGGUUGGGCUGCUGGUUGCGCGGAAGGGCCCAGCAGGCGUGACGGAGCGCGCGGAGCGGCAGGGGCGCGCGGAUGCAGCUUGGGGCGGGGAGUCGAGCGACGACGAGGCUGCUGCGGUGGAAGCCAGGCCAGCCGCUUUCCCCGCCGCUCUUAACUCGCUGUACCUGGCGUUCGUGUUCAACUGCUUCGUGGAGCACGCGUGGCGCUUCACGGGCGCUGCUCUGCUGGCUCUGCUGCACGACUCGCUGCUGCCCGUCGCCGUCGCCAGCUUCGCCGGCCAGCUGGUGGUGUUUGUGGGCGCGCCACUGGUGGGCGACAUGAUGGACUCCGCCCCGCGGGUGGCAGCCUUCAACACCAUCUCCUGCAUCCAGACAGCAGCCAUGGUAGCAGCAGCACUAGCCACGCUAACAGCCGUGCACGCAGCGCCAGCAGCAGCGGGGCAGACAGGAGCGGCGCUGAUGAGGAAGGGGUGGUUCGUGGUGCUGGUGCUGGCGGGCGCUGUGGAGCGCAUCACUGGCAUUGCGUCAGGCGUGGCCUUUGAACGUGACUGGGUCAUUCUGCUGGCGGGGCAGGACAAUGCGGCAGCGCUGGCGAACGCCAACGCCAUGCUGCGCCGGGCCGACCUCUUCUGUGACGUGGCGGGGCCGCUGGUGUUUGGGUGGCUGCUGUCAGCGUUCAGCCCGGCUGUGUGCAUCAAAGCCUCCCUCGCCACCAUGCUGCUCUCCCUCCCCAUCCUCAUCUGCCUCGUGCUGCUCACCGACCGCCAGUCCAACGGCGUUCUCAGCCGCCCAAAGCCGCCCACCACGCCGCAAGUCUCACUGGAAACCUCCUCCACACACACUAGCAGCAGCAGCAGCAGCAGGGAGAUGAAAAGAAUACACGCAUCCACCCGCUCACCCUCCCCUGCUGCCAGCAUUCCACCGCCCAUGCUGCUCCUCACAGCAGCAGCCAAGGCUGUAGCGGCGGCACUCACUGGGAGCUUGCGGGCAGCUGUGUCGGUUCUGGGGAUGUCGUUCCGGUCGGUGGUGCGCGGGUGGAGGAGUUUCCUGGGGCAGCCGGUGCUGGCGGUGAGUGUGGCGUACGUGCUGCUCUUCUUCAACUGCGUGCUCUCGCCCGGGGGGCUCAUCACCAGCUUCCUCACCCACCAAGGAGUGGACGUUGUUGUGAUAGGCGCCUUCAGAGGCGCGUGUGCCGCCAUGGGAUUCGCCGCCACCUUCCUCUCGCCGCUCCUCAUCACCCGCCUUGGCCUGCUGCAGGCGGGCGGGGCAGCGCUGCUGUUCCAGUCUCUCGUGCUGGCGGCCUCCCUGGGGGUCUUCGCCCUCUCUCACUCCAUGGGCCACCACCACUCGCUGCUCCUCGCCUUCCUCGCCCUCAUUGUGGUAUCCCGGCUGGGCCACUGGACGUACGACGUGGUGGACGCACAGAUCUUCCAAGUGGCCAUCCCACCCGCCCAGGCCAACAUAGUGGGCACCACGGAGGUGGCGCUGGCCAGCCUGGCAGAGCUCGUCAUGCUCGCCCUCGCCAUCGCCGCCCACGACGUGCGCCACUUCGGCCUCCUCGCCGCGCUCUCCGCUGCUGCUGUCUUUGCCGCCGCUGGUAUCUACUGCACGUGGGAGCGGUCGGGGAACCACCACCGUAGGAGCCUCUUCCCGCCCGAGCCAAGGCUGCGGUGGCCGUGGGGGCGGCGCAAGAGGAGAGGCGGCAGGGCGGGUGGUGGGAGAGGGGCAGGGACGGGAGCGCCUGCUGCUCCUGCUGCCUGA